GCCGUGGUGCAGUUUCCGUGGCGGUGCGUGGUGUUGCGUGACGUCCGACUGCGGUUGCGGUAGCGCGUGGACGCGUACGGGACGUGCGGCUCCCUGCGUCGUCGCCCGCGCCAGCACCAACCGGGGUGGACGCGAUGUGAGCGCGUCCGAGCGCCUUGCCACGGCCAAGCUGUCCGCGACUGACCGAGAGCAGCCAGCGAGUCGGGCAACCGAGGGAGGUGCGGCUGGCGAUGAGAGCCGCGAGAACCGAUCGCGGCACGUCGGUGAUGAAAUCGGUGUCCGAGGGCGAGCUGGGCGUGGAGGAAGAGGUUAAACCCGCCGAGUCGCGUGGCGCCACGCGGCUCAAGCGCACCUUUACACUGCCGAGAAACCCGUUUCAAAGUGCCAGCAGCAGGAUGUCGCGGCGACGUCCGAAGCAGCAGAGCCACGGGGACUCGAGGGACGCCAACAGCGGCGCGCCGAGCGCCAAGGAGAACACCAACGAGCCCUCUGGCAAGAAGGUCUUCCGCCGGCCCUCCUGGAAGAAGUUUAUCAACAAGAUGGUGCGGCACAUGUCCAACGUCGGCGCCCAGAGCCACAAGUCCGCCUCGAUGGCCCAGCAGCAGCAGCAGCAGCAGCGUUGCAGCGGCGGCGACGACCUCGGCUCGAGCGCGGGCGACAUCCGGGUGCCGCCGCCGCGGCCGGCGCACAUACCGCCCGACCGCGUGCCGGGCGUGAUAGGCCUACGCAACCACGGCAACACGUGCUUCAUGAACGCCGUGCUGCAGUGCCUCUCCCACACCGACAUCCUCGCCGAGUACUUUGUCCUCGACCAGUACAAGGUCGACCUGUCGCGCCGCAACAAGCUCAACUCGAAAAAGUACGGCACCAAGGGCGAGAUCACCGAGCAGCUCGCGCUCCUCCUCAAGGCGAUCUGGAGCUGCCAGUACGACCCGGAGAUGAGCACCGCGUUCAAGAGCGUCGUCGACAAGUACGGCAGCCAGUACCGCGGCAAUCUGCAGCACGACGCCCAGGAGUUCCUGCUCUGGCUCCUCGACAAGGUGCACGAGGACCUCAAUCAGGCGACCAAGAAGAAGUACAAGAUCAUAAAGAACUCAUUCGGCAGACCCGACGACAUCGUCGCCGCGGAGACGCUCGCGAAUCACGUGCGGUGUAACAACUCCUUCGUGCACGCCGUGUUCCAAGCGCAGUUCCGCUCCAGCCUGACCUGUCCGAGAUGCCACCGGCAGUCCAACACCUUCGACCCAUUCCUGUGCGUGUCGGUGCCGGUGCCGCAGAAUCAUCGGCAGAUGAAUCUCUACGUCAACGUCCUCUACACGUCGCAGCAGCCGCGGCAGGUCAAGAUCGGCGUGAGCGUGAAUCAGGCGGCCAACGUGAGGGAGCUCCGGGAGAUCCUGGCCAGCGACACCGGCGUCGACGAGAAUCACAUGCUACUCACCGAGAUCCACGACGAGGGAUUUCACAGAACCUUCUCCGACUGUCAGCCUCUGUCCGUGAUUAUGGAGAACGAUCCACUUUACUGCAUCGAGCUGCCGCAGUUGAAGGAGCCGACGGAGCAAGCGUACAUCUUGUUGGUUUGGAUCAACGUUCUCGUCAAGGGGGAUCUGAGGCAACGUUUCGGCAGCCCGUACACGAUGCAGGUGUCACGCGAAACGUCCUACGAGGAUCUGCAGAAGCUUUUGCUCAAGGAGAUGCACAGCACGUUGGCGGACGACGUUCUCACGACCAGCCAAAGUCCCGGGCUCUUCAAUAUCCGCGUGGCUGAUCCGGCGGCGACGCCGAUCCAGGACGAGCAUCCCUGUAUCGAUCCCUGCGUGGAGCAUCCCCUUUAUACGGAGCAGAUCGAGCAAGCGUUGGCGCUUUGCGCCGACGACUCGGGCCCGCAACACGUCAAGCUGAUCCUCGAGUGGGACGAGGCGACGAAAUGCAAUAUCAUACAGGACGACAGCGACCAGAUCGAGGAGCAUGCCAGCGUGAAGCAGUUGAAAAGCAAUUCCGAACUGGGCGGCGCGGUUACCCUGGAGGAGUGUUUCGAUCUGUACACGCGGGCGGAGAUACUGGGCGCGGAGGACGCGUGGCAUUGUCCCUACUGCAACAAGAAGCAAGAGGUGGUGAAGAAGCUGGGUCUCUGGUCACUACCCGAUAUAUUAGUCAUACACCUCAAGAGAUUUCGUCAGCAGUCUAAGCAACGGUCAACGUCCAAGCUGACUAUGCUGGUGGACUUUCCGCUGUACGGCUUCGACAUGACGCCACACCUCGCUCACAACGGCGUUCAGGCGACGCACAACAACGUAACCAGCUUGGGCGGCCUGGGCUGGUCGCCCUGGAAGAAACCGCGUCCCCGGCAGCACAAUAUCCCCAAGUACGACGAGAACGUGUACGAUCUCUACGCGAUUUGCAAUCAUCACGGGCAGGAUCUGCAGGGCGGGCAUUACACGGCGUUUUGCAGAAAUCCAUACGACACGCAGUGGUACUGCUUCGACGACACGCGCGUCGAGGCGGUCAACGACACGAAUCUCAUCACGAACGCGGCGUACAUGCUCUUCUACCAGCGAAGGGGCCUGUCCAACAACUCGACGGGAAAUUCGUCCGCGGCGUCCACGAGCUCGACCGGUUCCGGCCUGGAUCACUGGGUGUCGAAAAUGCCGCCGUUUUACUUCAACAAUAAGAGCACCAGCGACGUAACCAACAACAAGCAAAGUAAGUCGCAAGAGAUACUGUGCCAGGAGAAGAUUGUCGAAGAGAAGAACAUGACCAACUUCACCAGAGGCUGCGGCAAUUACGCGACUCUGCAGCCGAAGAAGAGGAACGCGGCGACGGAAACCGAUAUCGGGCAGAUCGAUCAUUAUUCGGAUGACGAAGCGCCUUGCAGAAGAGAAUGGGCCUCCCCGAAACCUGUGCGAAAGACUUCAUCCAUCACGCUGACGCCACACAUACCGCCAGCAAUAAUUCAGACUGCUAGCAGUGAUCCAAAUACAACGGUGAUACACGAGUCGACGUUGUAACACACGAUAUAAGCCAGACUGACAAUGAGAGGUCUGGCUCGAGCGAUGCUCAAUGUACAGUGCCUGGUGUGCCGUGAUGUUUGAACGACAUCGAGUGGCGAGAUUAAAGAAAAAAGGAAGAACGCGAACGAAAGACAAUUCCGAUAGAGUAUAUAAAUCCGUUAUUUUUCCAUUACCGAACGGGGGACGAUACGCCGAGAGACGACAGUUCACCAGGUUCCUUCACCUCGAAUUUAUAAACGCUUUCUCACAUGGAUGCCGAAGUGGAUGACGGAUUUCACAUAUUUCGAGCGGUGUGACGGAAAUCUAGCCCCGGACGAUCUUUCGGAUGAUUAAUAGAAAUACGAGGCAUUAGUAAUUUUUGUAAUUGUAAUACCGUGUUUGUAUACAGCUCGCGUGGAUUGUAUUAUAUGAUAGCAGCUAAGAUAGCUUUUUAAAAGGAAGACAAAUCUUAUACUCAGUAUAUGAAGAAUCGCGUAUAUUCUUAAGAGAAGGAGAAGAAACCUCUAGUGUUUAUAUUAUACAGUUAACUACCUUGAAUGCAAUAGGCAACUCUACCUAUGUCCAGAGGAGGGGAGAUAUUUUCGGAGCUAAAAAGGUUUUUAGCGCAGCCGUCUACAAUGUCACAAUGCAAACGUCACUCGCGCCGUGUCAUCUUACAAUGAAAGUAUAUGACAAUAACGAGAAACACAUUUCUGCACUAUCCUGCGUUUAACAAGCACACACAUUUUUCCUUUCUUCACGAUCGAUCGUUUUCUGGACAUACUAGCGUAGCUGAACCGUUGCUUUCAGACUCUAUGCUUAUAACUGUAAUAUUUAUAUUAUACCUGUAUCAUCCACUAGUGGCCUUAUCUAAUUAAUACUGAUACACACGUCACAUUAUUAAGCAUGUUACUCAUACGUAUUACUCACAAGCGUAUUUUAUUUUAGAUAUCGAGACCUUUUUUCCUUUUUUUUCCUUUUUUUUUGUUGCGAGGGGUCACCGAAUCAUAUAACGUUAAUUUCGCAAUAUCCCUGUCUGAAUUUAGGCAUCGUUUAGGAGACACUUAUGAGAGUUAUAGUUGGUAUCACAGCCUACAGUCAAGUUCUUCCAACGACUGUGCGGACACAGCGCUCCGCGAGAAAGGGGGCUUUUCUACAUAUAACGGAGAACAAGUACACACGCGGUUGGUUAUACUUGAAUCUCCCAGUUUUAACAAUCAUUCCAAUCUGGAUGUCGUGUAGAGUGCGAACGUGAGAGCGAGCGUGUGAAAGCGGGAGAAUUUAUAAAUAUAUAUAUGUAUACAUACAAGAUUAUAUAAUGAAUGAAAGAUGUUUAAGUUAUUGUAUUAAUGAACAUUUUAUUACUAGUCACACGUAUCGUGGACACGGGUAGUUGGUAAGGAUGAUUUAGAGUGCAAACGGCAAACUGUGUCACGAGUUACUACCCGCUAUGAUUUUACAAGUUCUGUCAAUCGACUGAGGAUAUAGACACACGUACACGUUACUUUCGUUGAAAUAAAUACAGAAUGUAUAUGUACAUAUAUAUAUGCACACGGGAGAAAUGUGUUUUAUUCCAGGUUUGUUUUUUGUGCACGUUUCAUAUAACUUGGUCGUUUCGAUCUACAGCUCUCGUCGUGCGUUGCAUUUUGUUAUACGUUUACAAAGAGAAAAAGUAGGGAAAGAUAUCGUUGCGUUGGUCCGUAUAUAUGUAUACAUACAUAUGAAUACCGUGUCUUUUUGAAUAUAUUUUGAGGGUUAGCGGUAACUCUCUUGUUGCGAAUUUCUUUACUUAUUGACCAAAUAAAAAGGGGACUUAAAUGACCGAGCUGAUAUCUUACCAACGAUAUGGCAGAAAACGUGAAUAAUUUGGAAAAUAAAUACGAUGAGACA